GCUUCGCUGUCCCCGCCGCGGGGCGACCGAACCCUCCUGGUGAGGCACCUGCCGGCCGAGCUGACCGCGGAGGAGAAAGAGGACUUGCUUAAGUAUUUCGGGGCGCAGUCCGUGCGCGUCCUGUCCGAUAAGGGGCGACUGAAACAUACAGCGUUUGCUACUUUCCCUAAUGAAAAAGCAGCUGUAAAGGCACUGACAAGACUCCACCAGCUGAAACUUCUAGGUCACACUUUAGUUGUUGAAUUUGCAAAAGAGCAAGAUGAAGUCCAUUCCCCAUGUCCCCCUUCAGGCACAGACAAAAAGAAAAGGUCUGAUGAGCCUGUGGAAGAUGAUAAAGAAAAGAAAGAACUUGGUUGUUUGACUAUAGAAAAUGGAAUUGCACCAAACCAUGGGCUGACGUUUCCUCUGGAUUCCUGCCUCAAGUACAUGUACCCCCCGCCGUCCAGCACAAUCCUCGCCAACAUAGUAAACGCCCUGGCAAGUGUGCCCAAGUUCUAUGUCCAGGUGCUUCAUCUUAUGAAUAAAAUGAACUUGCCAACACCUUUUGGACCAAUCACUGCACGACCUCCCAUGUAUGAAGACUAUGUGCCAUUACACGCCCCUCUCCCACCUGUGUCUCCUCGGCCCCCGGAGGAACCGCCGUUGCCGGACGAGGACGAGGACUUAUCUAGUAAAGAGUCCGAAUAUGAAAGCAGCGAUGAGGAAGACCGACAGAGAAUGGCCAAACUAAUGGAAUUGGCAAAUCUUCAGCCCAAAAGACCAAAAGCAACAAGACAGCGCCAUGUGAGAAAAAGGCGGAAAAUAAAGGACAUGCUGACCACACCUGCACCCGUCUCUCACAGUGUACACCCGGUGCUGUCCCCGUCGGAUGUAUUCGAUCAACCACAGCCGGUCGGGAAUAAAAAGAUUGAGUUCCAUAUAUCCACCGACAUGCCGGCUGCAUUUAAGAAAGAAUUAGAAAAGGAAGAUGAUUUUGAAGAACAAAAUCCUGAUUUACCUGCUGCCCAAGGUGAUGCGUCCACUGUAGGAUUUGGAAAGCUCUUCCCCAAACCUAACCCGAGCGUCGCCGAGGAGAGUAAGGAAGACUCUGACGAGACGCCGUCCGAGUGCAUCUCCAGGCGGGAGCUGGAGAAGGGCCGGGUCUCUCGAGAAGAAAUGGAAACGCUUUCGGUUUUCAGAAGUUAUGAACCUGGUGAACCAAACUGUAGGAUUUAUGUAAAGAAUUUAGCUAAACAUGUUCAAGAAAAGGACCUUAAAUUUAUUUUUGGAAGAUAUGUUGACUUUUCAUCAGAAACACAACGGAUAAUGUUUGACAUCCGCCUGAUGAAGGAGGGCCGCAUGAAAGGACAGGCCUUCAUUGGGCUCCCGAACGAGAAAGCAGCAGCAAAGGCCUUGAAGGAAGCUAACGGAUAUGUUCUUUUUGGAAAACCUAUGGUGGUUCAAUUCGCUCGAUCUGCUAGACCAAAACAAGAUUCUAAAGAAGGAAAAAGAAAGUGAUACAAAUUGGUAAAGAAGCAUUCCUGCGUAAAUACCGCUGUAAUACUGUCAUGCAAAGCGUAUCCUUUCUCGUAUCCUUUUGGGGGCAGUACUUUUGUUUUUUGUUUUUCUUAGAAAUGUUUUGUCCCUCCCACCCAUUGGUCCAGAAUAAGCAAUACUUUUUGCAACCUAAAAGAAAUAUUUCUAAAUAUCAGUGUUGAUUGAACAAAUCUUAUAUGGGUUUGUUUAGAUGUGCUGCUAAAUUUUCUAGACUUUCCUUUAGGUUACGUAAUUUUUUCAGGGAAAGUUAGUGAAUCAGGUCAAUUUAUUUACUUGUAGAAUGUAUGCAUUUACUUUAAUACAGAAUUUAGCCCUUUUUCUUCAUUUAUGUAAUUUCUAGGCCAAAUUCAGUAACGUGUUCUGUUUUAUGACAUACUAGAGGCCUGGUGCACGGAUUCGUGCACCGGUGGGGGGGGGGCCCUCGGCCUGGCCUGCGGGGAUCAGG